CAGGAGGAGAGUCAGAAGAUUCAGUAGGAAAAAUUUCUCGCGUAAAGACGAUCAAUUCGGUCGAUUUCCUGAAAAAUCCUUUAUGUGCAGUGUUAAUUUGAAGAAAGUGACUGUCUUCUGGAUAUUCCGUUGCAGGAUAAAGUGAUAUAAAGGAAGGGGGUAUUUGCAAGCGCGUGAAAUAUCGAUGAAUUUGUGUAUCGCAAUGUGAUGGAGCAAGAAAAUCGAAGAAACUAAACGAGCCAGGAUAGAAGGCAAAUUUGCACUCCUUGCUGGAAAAAUAAUCGAUAAUUUUACUGUGUGUGACCUAUUAGCACAUCUAGCAGCCAAGUAAGGGGAUUGUGCGAGUGAAAAAUUGUGAAAAAUCCUUAUCCAGCUCCGGAAAACAGAAGAUCAAAUCGAAGAUCCGUCAGCCGGCGAUCAGCAGAUCGCCACCAGAAGAAAGUGAAACUAAAGGAAAACACCCACUUCGUGUGGAUCCAAGCGGAGAGUGAAAUCAUACUGCUUUCUUGAUAACAAGUGCCCCGUCUCUUAUCGAGUUUCGCUUGACUGGUGUUGUAGAGUGGAAGAAGUAGUCGCCAGCAGGAAGCAAAUCGCAGACGAGGCGUCAUGAAUGCUGCGGAUCCGUUCGUGAUUACGUCCCGCGAGAGGGCCAAGUACGGGGAGCAGUUCAAGUCGCUACAGCCGGUCAAUGGAGUAGUGACUGGGGCGCAGGCCAAGGGCUUCUUCCUGCAGAGCCAACUGCCGCCAUUGAUCCUGGGACAGAUUUGGGCCCUAGCCGACACAGAUUCCGAUGGAAAGAUGACUCUAGGGGAGUUCAGUAUCGCAUGCAAGUUGAUCAACUUGAAGCUGCGAGGUUUUGAGAUACCGAAAACUCUUCCACCAACAUUAGUAGCUUCUCUGACCGCGGUAGGAGGUACCCCGACCCUGACGCCAACCUCCGGCCUCAGCCCUCUGGACCCGUUGAAAUCUCUUUCCAAUUCAAUCCAACCCAACAUGCCACCUGCCGUUCCACCCCAACCGGCCAUGGUUCCCCACACUGUUCCACAUGCCAUCGUGCCCCCUAUGAUGAACAACCAAAUGUCCGGCAUGGUCCAGCAACCGUUGAUUUCCGGUGUACCCGUUAAACCCGCCAUACCGCCGCAACCACUGAUAGCUGCUGCUCAACCACCUCUGAUUCCCAUGCAACCAAUGAUCCCACAGGGAGGAGCCGGAUCUAUUCCACCAAUGAUGCCACCGCAACCACAGCAACCACUUAUCGCUGGCCUCGGUGGUAUGCCAGCCUAUCAACAGGCUGCUGCUCCAACGGCUGGCGUCGGUAUCGUCAAGCCUUUGAUCGAUCCUAUUGGCGGUAUGACUAGUCCACCUCUGGUGGCCGGUAUGCAACCGGUUAUGCCAAUGCAACAGGCCAUGAGUGGUAUAACUGCCGCAGCUGGUGUGAUUCCUCAGUCAGUCCCGGCUACCGUUCCUGCUCCGCCUACUCCGCCACAAUCGGGCGGAGGAACUCCUCAACGGUCCAUGUCCAUUUCCGAACGUGCACCAUCCAUUGAAUCUCCGCAAGUCGAAUGGGCCAUCAAGGGGCCAGCGAAACUCAAAUACACCCAACUGUUCAACACGACCGAUCGCAACCGAAGUGGCCAUCUGACCGGGCCGCAAGCUCGCAACAUCAUGGUCCAAACAAAGCUUCCCCAGGCGACGUUGGCACAGAUUUGGGCUCUGGCCGAUAUGGAUUCCGAUGGCCGCCUGGGCUGUGAAGAGUUUGUUCUAGCCAUGUACCUGUGCGAUCUUGCCCUGCAAGGGGAGAAGAUACCGACCACGUUGCCACCGGAGAUGAUUCCGCCUUCCUUCCGUAAGACAACAUCUCGCCAUGGAUCGGUCGUUAGCUCGCGGCACGGUUCGGUUUCGUCGCAGGGAGCGCCGGUCCAUCCGGCAGUGGUGGAUGCCGACCCCAUGUCUGGACUGCCGCAGUCAUCCUUCGAGGACAAACGUAAAGAAAACUUCGACAAAGGACAGGCAGAGCUUGAUAGAAGACGGAAGGCUUUGAUGGAUAUCCAGAAAAAGGAACAGGAGGAACGAGAGCGGAAGGAACGCGAAGAGCAAGAGAAGAUACGAAAGGCAAAAAUGGAAGCAGAGCUCAAGAAACAGCAGGAACUUGAAAAAGAAUUGCAACGUCAGCGAGAGCUCGAACAAGAACGCGAAGAGCAAAGAAAGCGUGAACUGGAGAAGAAGGAGUUGGCUAGAAAAGAGCUGGAGAAGCAACGUCAACUCGAGUGGGAGACUCAAAAGAUUUCUGAAAUGCAGCUGCAGCGUCAACGCGAGCAAGAGAACGUGUUAAAGCUUAAAGCACAAAAUCAAUCCUUGAGCGUCGAGCUGAGUACAUUCAACGAAAAGAUCAAAGAGUUGUCUCAAAAAAUAUGCGACACCCGUGUAGGUGUGACUAAUGUGAAGAGCACUAUCGACGGAAUGCGCACUACCCGGGAUACUCAGAUGAGUGAAAUGGCUCAGUUGAAGGCAAAGGUUAAGGAUCAAAAUCAGCGGUUGGUGCAACUUAGUCAGGAGAAGGCCAAACUGGAUGCUAAGAACAAGACCGGCGAGACGGAAAGUCAGCUGCAAUUCUCGAAUAAACAGAUUAUCAUUCAGCAGUUGAAGGACAAACUAGAGAAUACUAAGCAACAAAUUGAGAACAAAACAACGGACAUAGAUAUCAAUAGUAAACAAUUGACAGAACUGAAGUCUCAACUGACCGAUUUAAUUGAUUCGUGUGAAAAGUUGUACAUGGAAUAUGACAUGCAGAGGAUUCAGAUUUUGGAGAUGAAGAACAAUCGCAAAAACGAAUCGUACACUAGCGCGUGGGAUACGGCGAACUCGUGGCCGGUGCACGACACCAGUGCGGCUGCCGUCGUGGGAACCGUGGUCCCGAGCGAGGAUAUCAAGACGCCACCGGGCUACGUCAAGUAUCGUGCCAUCUACGAAUUCAGUGCGCGAAAUGCGGACGAGAUUACAUUCCAACCGGGUGAUAUUGUGAUGGUGCCAUUGGAGCAGAAUGCCGAACCAGGUUGGUUGGCGGGAGAAAUACACGGUCACACCGGUUGGUUUCCAGAAACGUACGUGGAAAAGGUCGAUAGUAAUUUGAACACGGUGGUGGCAGCACCGGAACCGGAAGCUAUUGCCUACACGGAACCAGAGGCGAUUACCUAUACUGCCACCACCGACAGCAAUGAAGUACAAGGUACAUCAUUAGAAGCGACAAGAAUAGCUAGUACCGAAGAUAACACAAGUUAUAAUAAUAAUGUUGUUGAUGAACAAUUUGCAGCGACCUACAAUGGCGACGUUGAGUACUACGUAGCUUGCUAUGCGUAUCAGUCGGCCGAAGCUGGCGAUCUGGUGUUCGACGCGGGUGAAAUUGUAGCCGUUACCAAGAAAGAAGGCGACUGGUGGACUGGUAACAUUGGCAAUCGCACUGGAAUCUUUCCUUCCAAUUAUGUACAAAAGCAGGAAACUGUAAGUACUGCCAUAGAGACUGGUAGUGAGCCUAGUGUUAUAGAACCCGAAAAACAAGAAAACAUCAACGGCAAUCAACAGCAGCAGAUCACCCAGCAGGAGACGGAAACGAAUCGCAAACAAUCGACACAGGACGCAGAGGAUGCUCGAAAUCAGGCCGAAGCCGACUCGGAAGUAUCGCAAAUCAAUACUCAACCUCCGCCAGCACCCGCCGCAAACGAAGAGAACAUCCGCUACUCGUCGAUGUCUUCGGCCACUCCCAGCCUGAGGAAAAAGGGCGAAGUCGCACAAGUCAUUGCUCCGUACGAGGCUACCAGCUCGGAACAGCUGUCGCUGACGCGUGGUCAGCUCAUCAUGAUUAGGAAGAAGACUGACUCGGGCUGGUGGGAAGGUGAACUGCAGGCCAAAGGACGGCGAAGACAAAUCGGCUGGUUCCCGGCGACUUACGUAAAGAUCCUACAGGGUGGACGAAACAGCGGCCGCAACACACCGGUGUCUGCCAGCAAAGUGGAACUUACGGAAACGAUUCUCGAUAAAGUAAUAGCCCUGUACCCGUACAAAGCGCUGAACGACGAUGAACUGUCGUUCGAGAAGGACGACAUCAUUAGCGUGCUGGGACGAGACGAGCCCGAGUGGUGGCGCGGCGAACUGAACGGCACGACCGGGCUCUUCCCCAGCAACUACGUUGGUCCAUUCGUGACGUCAGGCAAUGUAUAACGAGAAUCGAGGAUAUCUACCGUAUCGUAUGGGUUGUGAAGCAUUUGCCGCAACCUUCCGACAGGAGGAGACAGCAUCAAUAAUAAUGAUAACUACUACAAUAGCGACAACAACAAUAAUCAGCCGAUGUUAUUGACUAAAGUGUGGUCACGAAAUUGAGAAAAGAAAACAAAAAUACAGAUCAUAAAAGUAUGUAUAUGAAUGUGUAUUAUUAUCACCCACGAAAAUAGCAUGUAUUUAAAUACAGAAAUUCUACACCCUUGGCCAGAUGUUUCUUAGAACUCGGAGGUACGGCGCGAUAUCAAUGUAACCCAAAUACGCUGUUUGUAGUAAGCAAUUUGAAAGCAACCAUGUCUUCUAUUACUGAUUCGUUUACGCUACGCAGGUAAAUUUUACCGGUUCUUGUGUUGAGCUUCGUCUAAUCGGCGGAAUUUGUGGUGGAAGAACGACCAAAGGGUUGCUUUUGAUAGUCUGUAACUAUUUCUCUAUUAGCUAUCAUAUCGACUGCAAGCGUACUGAUAAUUCACUUGUUCAUUGUUACUCUUGAAAUGUUAUGUAUUUAUUAUGAAAAAAGUGUAGCUCGUUUCCAAUCGUAUCUAUAUUAUAACAAACCAUUAGAGGAUCCCUUUGACUAUGUUCGAACAUGUUGAAAGCAACCUAAUGUUGGAAGAAAAUCAUCAAUCGAUCGGUAAGAUUAUGCACUCAAGAAAGUAAACUAAUCAAUCAGCUUUAUCGAAGCUUGCAGUUCUCCAACAAAGGAUCAUAAGUAAUAUUAAUGCGAUAAGUGUUUGGUAGCUUCAAAUUUUAUUAUUGUUACGUUCCCUAAAAUCUCGAGAAUCUCUAUCGUAUCCAUUCGUGAAGUGCUAAUGUAUGAUUACGCUCAAAACUUGUACAUAUUAAGUCUCAUUCAUUUUGUUGCUGAACACGUGAUUCAUUUUCUACUACAUCUACUUUGCAAAUUAUUAUAUUUUUGACAAAUUACAACACUUAAGUACAAACAAGUAUUGAUUUUAUAAAUCUAACAACAUACAAUACAAUUCAAUGCUGAUGCCACCGCAAAACAAGGAACAGUGCUCUACCGGAGUAGUUUUUAGAGUAUUACUGAGUAUUACGUUAAUGUGUGAACAUAUAUUAGAGGCAUAUACAUUAAAAAAAAACAGAAAAACCUACAUUCCAUGUAUGAGUUCUAGAAAGCUUAAAAGUAAGGUAGCGAACAUAUUAAGGCUACCAACUACAACAAUAGGUCAAGUUGUAUUCUGGAAUCGAAUCAAUUACGGUGACAUGUAUAAACAAAAUAACGUACAGGAAUUAUGGAAAAGCUAUGUUUAACAAAAUGGGAUAAUAAUUGACACUAUGGAAAUAAAAUCAAGUUAAUUCUCCACAGCAGGA